AUGGUUACAUCAAUUCGAGCUGCUGAGCAAACCCUUGCUGCAAUCCGAGACUUCCACCUCAGAGAAUCAGUUGCAGGACGUGAAAGAAAGGAGGUUAAGGUAGCCCUAGCACUCUAUGCGACUGCAUGGGGCUGCGAACCCCGAUACGAUGAGACGCCGCUUCUCGCCGUAACGGCUGUCAACGUGUACAACUGCUCCCUACCUUUCGAUCAUCGUCCGUUACUCUGUGACCGAAUUCGCAUCUUGUUCACUUGUGGCUACAUACAUCGUGAUAUUAAACCUCCCAAUUUUGCGAUUGGUCGGGAAGCGGACGGCGAUCUUCACACGAUCUACAUUAUCGACUUCGGCCUGUCAAGGAAAUAU